AUGGAUGAUCAUCUGAAUGAAAUGAUGAGAUUAUUAAAUGUUGAUUCAAAUAAUGUACGGAUUGUUGGUAUCCUUGGCAUGGGUGGUAUUGGCAAGAUAACUAUUGCCAAGUCCAUCUACAACAAGCUCCUUCAAGACUUUAAAAAUUGUUGUAGCUUCCUUGCAGAUGUUCGGGAAAAUGUUAAACAAUACAAAGAUAAAGGUAUUAUUGAUUUGCAGAACCAGCUUCUCAGCGACACUCUUAAACCGCACCCUCCCAUUACUAAUGUUAACCGUGGAAUCGACGCUAUCAAACAUCGAUUUCUCAAAAAGAAAGUUUUCAUUGUUCUUGACAAUGUGGAUGAAAAGUCUCAAUUUGAUUGGCUCGUGGGAAAUCGUGAUUGUUUUAGCCCAGGAACUAGGAUUAUAGUUACAACUAGAAACAAGCAUGUUUUAAAUAUUCUUGAUGCGGAUGAGACUUACGAACCUCCAUUUAUGAACCCAGACCAAUCUCUUCAACUUCUCAACAUUCAUGCUUUUCGGAAAAAGUUUCCUCCAAUAGACUUUGAUAGUAUCUCUAGAGAGGUGGUAUCAGUUACUGCAGGGCUUCCUCUAGCUCUUGAGGUUAUAGGUUCAUUUCUAUCUGACAAGCCAAAAACAGUAUGGGAAAAUACAUUGAAGAAGUUGAAGAAAAUACCAAAUCAUAAAGUUCAGGAAAAAUUGAGAGAAGGUGGAUCUAUUCAACGUACUCCUUUGUUUGAUGGUGAUAACUAUGCUUUUUGGAAACCUAACAUGAUAGCUUUUCUUAUGACUCAAGUCACAAAGGAUGGUGUUAUCAUUGAAAAGGAAGAGUCUGAGUGGACUCAAGCUGAGAAUAAUGCUCAAGAAGGAAACAUAAAAGCUUUGUUUUCUUUAUUCAAAUAUGUUGUCCAAUCUGAGUUAGCUCGUAUUGCUCAUUGUAAAAUUGCAAAGGAGGCAUGGGAUAUACUUCCACUUACCCAUGAGGGUACAGAUGAAGUCAAAUCUUCAAAGAUUGAGAUGCUUGUGUUUUAA